AAUAUUCUUUUCUUUUUCUUUUUUUCAUUUCAAAUCCCUCUCACGCUCUUCGUUUGGUUGGCUUUUGACAUCUUAUCUUCUUUCAUGGCUCCCCACCUUCUUUUCUCUCAUUAUUGAAUCUGCCAAACACACAAUGGCUUCAUAAAUUCUUUAGCUUUAAUGGGUUUUUCUUUUUGUUAGCGUACAAUCGCUUUUGGGUAUCAAAGGGAAGCCUUUCUUCCGCCUUUUUGCAUGUUUUGCGAUUCAUGGGGAGUUAUAAUAGCAUUAUGGAGUAUGGAUUCUGGAAAGUAUGAUUGCUGGAGAUGGAGAUUGAAUUGCUUCUCUGUUGAGCCCUCCACCUGUUUGUAUAAUUGUCCCCACUCUGUAAAGGCAACAUUUUGUCCUCUUUAUUGCAUUUUAUAAUCCUUGAUUUUUCACGAACUUAUUGGAUGUCCUGUUUUUGGUACAAAAAGAACUGUAAUAGCUAGAUACCAAUCUUCUUUCACGGGGAAAACAGUCCAUAGACCACAUGCAUUUAAUCUUGUCUGAAACGCUGUAACUUUUUUUUGUUGGCAUCUAUGCUCAACCUUUUUUACUUUGCGUAAUGGCUGAUAGCAGGCAAAAGAACAAUCUAUGCACGUUUGUUUGGCAUCUUCUCAUCUCUGUCUCAUUCCUUGAUAAAAGGCCUGUUGCAUUGGGUUUGGAUUGGAAUUCCUGCCAUGGCAACCAAGAUCAAAGGCAUCUACAAAGGAUUCAAGUUCAUCUCCCAAAUCUUUGUUGUGAAGGAUCGAGAGAUGGAAAUUGGGUACCCUACAGAUGUUAAGCAUGUGGCACACAUUGGCUGGGAUGGUCCUUCUGGAAGUGCACCCAGUUGGAUGAAUGACUUUAAUUCGGCUCCUGAUUUUUCAACAUCAAUUGGUAACCCAAGAGAAUCCAGUACCGCGGCUAUUUCAUCUUGUUCCUCUCAAGAUUUUGAUCAAGCUGGGAGGCGCCAAUCUGAUAUGUUUCAAGAUAUUCCAACCACAAAUAUUCCUAAUGUUCCAAAGAAACAAAAGAGGAAAAAGAAGUCUACCUCCUCCCUAAAAUCUUCUUCAUCUUCAAGAUCGUCGCGAAUAGCAAAGUCUAAGUCUACACUCCAUGAACUGGAGCCAACACGAGUGUAACAUGGUGUUUCACUGAAAAGCUGUGAAGAAUAAUUCAAAACGUGUCAAUGUGCAUUGCAGGGAUUGCAGCAAUCCACUUCUCGUGAAGAAACUUGUGUAUAUUAGCUAUUGAGGGAUAUUUCAAUUGCAGAUGGAGGAAGGGGAAAUUGGUUCGAGGCUAGAUGUGUGAGAUUGAAAGAGAACAAUGCCUUUUGGGGUUCACACUAAGGCAGACGCAAAGUUUUGGUUUUAUAGUGGCAGAUAAAUCAUAAAUGUGAAGAGAUGUGGAUUGUUAAGUUGUGCUGGAGGAAAAUUCUGUGUGUUCAAAUGGACAUGAACAAGAAUUCUAGGUGAUACUCUUUGGUUUAUUUUUUGACUAGGAAUUCUUGGGAUCCUCAUUAACUAGUCAUUGACAAUUGUUAAGAAU